UCCGGGCUGUCCCAGCAGGUGAGCGAACGCAAGCUUUGAAAGCCAGCGGGAGGAGCCCUCCUGGGGUGAUCCGUACUAGGUCCCUGAGUUCCACGGUUCCAGGUCAUAGCUGGGGAGCGAAGCCGCCGUUGAAGGUCGUGGGGCCAGGAGAGUGGGGGCGAUGCCUGGCGGCCUGGACGGCCGGCGCCUCUUUCCCCCACCCAGGAUGCGCACCGGGCGGUGGGCUCGGGGCUGCGCGUGGCUGACCUUGGCGUCCUACGAGCAGAGCCCCGGGAAACAAGAGGUGCGAUGCUUCAGUACAUCUGUGGCGAGGCCGUUUGCCAAGCUUGUGAGGCCACCUGUUCAGAUAUAUGGUAUCGAGGGUCGCUAUGCCACUGCUCUUUAUUCUGCAGCAUCUAAACAGAAUAAACUGGAGCAAGUAGAAAAGGAAUUGUUGAGAGUAGCACAAAUCUUGAAGGAACCCAAAAUGGCCACUUCUAUUAUGAAUCCCUAUGUGAAGCGUUCCGUUAAAGUGAAGAGCCUAAAUGACAUGACUGCAAAAGAGAAGCUUUCUCCCCUCACGUCCAAUCUGAUCAAUUUGCUUGCUGAAAAUGGUCGCUUGAACAAUACCCCUGGGGUCAUUUCUGCCUUUUCCACCAUGAUGAGUGUCCACCGUGGAGAAGUGCCAUGUACAGUUACCACUGCAUCUCCUUUAGAUGAAGCCACUCUUACUGAAUUAAAAACAGUCCUGAAGAGCUUCCUAAGUAAAGGCCAAGUGUUGAAAUUGGAAGUUAAGAUUGAUCCAUCAAUCAUGGGUGGAAUGAUUGUCCGUAUUGGAGAGAAAUAUGUUGAUAUGUCUGCGAAAACCAAGAUUCAGAAGCUGAGCAGAGCAAUGCGGGAGGUUUUCUAAAAGUGUUGAUUUUCUAAAAAUGAAAAUUCUUAAACUUGGAGCCACAAUAAAAUGCUUCCUGAACAGAA